AUGGACUCAAGCGAGAAUACUCCCGGAAUCCAUACUCCGGGAACGCCGCCUCGCCCUCCAUAUUCGCCAGUCACACCUGUGAUGAUGCAUGCGAACCUACGGCCCAUCCCGGAGCUUGAAAAGCUGACACCGCCGCCCGCAACAGCAGCUGCUGGAAAGCCCCUUUUCCUACCCCCUUCCGAUGAUACACCUCAACUCCCCGCAACCAUGAAGACUACAGCUGCCAAUGACCCCAUGGCUUCACCGCCUACCACAUUCGCACCUGAACCGUCGCCUGUGCCGAUAUCGGAGUCCGAUAACCCGGAUGCGAUCGCACUCCGCUCUGCUAUCGCUAUAUUACAGAUUCAGAAACAGCAAGCGCUUCGUGAUAUUAGGAGUCUGGAGAAAAUGAAGAAGGUCGCUGCCGAGAGCCCAGAAGCCUUUGCCCGUGAACUGAUAAACGCAGCGCCAAAUCAGACGGCUGAUAUGGGGCUGUUUAACCCUCGUCCUUUGCAGAGCCGGCAAUGCCAAGGUGAAGACGGGAACACUACGUUUGGGGAUAUUCCUAAACCUCAAAAUAUCGUGAGGAUGCCCCCCAUAAAUUGGUCAAAAUAUCAUAUCGUUGGCGAACCGCUGGACAAGCUCCAUGAAGAGCAAAGACGGAGACCAUUCUCUGGAGAACCACGCAGAGAUGCUCUUCCUCCAAUUCACAGAUCUCCCGAGCAUUUUAUUGCGGCUCCAUAUCGACCAUUCACGGAAAGUUUGGACUCUCCGAUGAGGACGCGAAGCUCAAACAAGAAGAAAAACGAACCGAAUUAA